CAAUCAGGACAGAGCCGAAACGAUCACUCCUUUUUAAGUAAGUAAAAAAGUGAAAACCAAAACCCCAACUUCAAAAUUUCUCAGUGUCACACGAAUUACCCGUUCAACCAAUCAACAUUCCAGAAAAAAAAAAAAUCGAAAAAGAAAAAUAAAACAAAGAUCAAAGAGCGUGAACAUUUUCAUUUGUUGGAACACUAUAAGCAAAACAUGCGAGUAGCCAUAGCCAAAACCACCAUCUUUCCCGCACACCCAUCUUCAUUUCGAUUGCUUCAAAAUGCAGAGCUUACUAUUCUAAUUCUUCCUUGUUUCCUCGCAAGAAUCUUAAAGAUCCCGCAAACCCCAAAUCCAUUUAUUCGUCAAUUCUUCCGAAUUGAUAUCAAUCUUCAUAAUCUUCUUCUGUUUCCCCCUUUUCAGAUCAGGAAAUGGGGCCUCUUUCAUGGUAUUUGAAAAUGCUUGAUGUUCGUCCGCUCUACACGAAGAGCAUCUCCGCUGGCUUGAUCUACGCAGCUGCUGAUUUGACUGCACAGAUGAUGACCAUGGAAUCUUGGGGUUCUUUAAACAUAAUAAGAACAUUACGCAUGUCAAUGUUCGGGCUCUUUUUUCUAGGGCCUGCGCAACACGUAUGGUUUAAUUUCUUAGGAAGAAUCCUACCAAAACGAGACAUGACUACCACCUUCAAGAAGUUAGUUGUUGGUCAAAUCUUUUACGGACCCACUUGCACCGCCGUUUUUUUCAUUUACAACGCGUUUCUACAAGGUGAAAGUGCUAGUGAGGUUGGUUCAAGAUUGAGGAGAGAUCUUGUGCCAACUUUAACAGGCGGUCUUAUGUAUUGGCCGGUGUGUGAUUUCUUCACUUACAAAAUCAUCCCCGUUCAUUUGCAGCCAUUAAUGAAUAGUUCGUUUUCAUAUUUGUGGACUAUAUACUUGACGUACAUGGCAAGUUUGGAAAAAGCAAUUGAAGCUUAAGUUUUAGCAUUUUUUUUUUCAUUUUCUAUGGCCAUAACUCUCUUUGUAACACUCAUGGGAGUUUUUCACAUUGAUUGGAGGCAAUAGGGGUGAGAAUCGAUCCCUCAAGAGCACAGGUGGAUGGAAUUUGGAGAAGCAUAUGAUAUAAUAAUAAAAUGUGUUAAAAGUAGUUGAGAGUUGUUCUAUAUUAAGGUGCUAUAGAAUGGAAGUGUUUAUGAACUUGACUGCCGUACAAAUAAAAAGUUUGUUCUAAAAGAUUCUUCAAGGGUAGUUUUGUCUUUUAAGCUUGGCAAAUGAAGGCAGGUAGAUCAUACUUUUGAACAUUCUCACCUGUCUACUGAGUGCAUUUAGGGAACUCAUGGACAUGGUGCGAUUUGCAUUUUUCAGGGCUUUUGUGUUACUUAGAGUUUCUUAUAAAUAAAAUUGGAUUGUUUAUUAAAAUUUAAGCACUCAA